GUUCACUAUGUUUAUUAAAGUGUUAUUGUUCUCUGUCUUAUGCACUAUGGUGCAUUCAGGCACGUCAAGAGAGGAUCUUGGAAUGAGGUACAUCACCAGGCUGUACGAGGAUUGUGUACAUUCAGAUGGAGUCGUUCCUUGUUUGAAGAAGAAGGCUAUACUAUUCUUUGAUAGAGCCGCCAGAUUAGAAGCGAUACCCGUUAUCGAUGGUGUUGAUAUUGUUAAGAGUUCCGAAACAGAAACAGUUUCGAUCAGUGAGAACGAUAUUGACUCGAAUCUGCCAAGAAAUUUGAAUGAUAAGAAUGAAGCUUUGACUGAUAUGUUAUGGGACAGGAUUGCCUCUUUUGCUAACUCUAGGACUAUUCAAUUAUCUCUGCCAAAGAUUACCGGACAGGAUCUCAAUAAAGGAGUUGAAGAAGGUCGAGGAAAGAUGAAGAAAAUGAUGGGCAUGAUGAUGAUGGGAGCCAGUAUGAAAUUAGCAGCAAUGGUUCCAUUAGCUAUUGCAGGACUUUUCGCGUUAGCUGGGAAAGCAUUAAUUGUAUCCAAGAUCGCACUACUUCUGUCAGGCAUCAUCGCUUUGAAGAAGCUUAUGGCACAGAAGAGUGGUGGAGGUCAUGAGAGCCACGGAUGGUCAUCAGGUGGUGGUGGUGGUGGUGGAUGGGACCGUAGAGCCUACAAAGACGGCUCAAACCUAGCUUAUUCCGCUUACAAACAAGAGUAAACUUACGUAAGCCAGACUUAAGUAGAAAAAUUUAUAUGGAGUCCUCAUUUUUAUAUUUUCUUUUUUUUUUGUGAUUUUACCCACCUUUCAGUUAUGACGACUAGCAGUUUUUUUUCUAUGUGUAUUGAUGUUUAGAGGAAAUACUAAUUAAUAGUAAAUGUGUGUAUAAUUGACCCAAAAAUGGGGUCGAUUCUUGGUACUUUUUAUUAAAAGGAAUUAUUUAUUCUAGUUUUAAGCGAUGACUGUAUUAUAGAGUAAUUUAUUUAUUAUAAUUUAUUGAGAAAUUGUGCCUAAGUGAAUACUCAUUUUAUGUUAUUUCUAAUAUGAUAUUCUUUUUUCUGUUUCUUCUUUUGUUUUCACAUUAUUUACGACAAGCCAUUUUU